CCUCGCCACGCCACGAAGUGUACUUCGUCUCUCACCACCACGCGUGUAGCAUAAUACAGUCAACAUGGCGGAGCAGGCGAUUACUCAAGGCGCCAUCAGGAGCAUCUUCGAGCCUAGCGGUUGUUUCAUAGAGCACCCUGUCUUGCAAUGUGUGCAGAUCAAGACGAUGGAGCCGAAGGCGGGCGAGGCGGGCGGUGUGCAGCGCUUCCGCGUUGUCCUCAGUGACGUCCGGAAUUUCAUCCAGACCAUGAUUGCGACAGCCGCAAACGACAUUGUCCUCUCUGGGAAGCUGAAGAAGGGCUCCAUUGUGCGACUGCUGAAGUACAAUCCUCAGCAGGUUAAGGAGAAGAAGAUCCUUAUCAUCAUGGAACUUGAAGUGCUCGAGCAGUAUGGCGAACAAGAGAAAAUUGGCCAGCCGGAAGCCCUCGACAUCAAGACUGAACCCCAGCCCUCAGCCAUCUCUGGCAACGGCUUCUACGGGUCGAAACCUGCACAGCAGCCGCAGCAACCACAGCGAUCGCUUCCCGUCCAUCAGAGCAACCAGAGCACCUCGACACACCCACACUUGUAUCCAAUCGAGUCGCUUUCGCCGUACGCACACAAGUGGACGAUUCGAGCGCGGUGCACAUUCAAGGGCGAUAUGAAGACGUGGCAUAAUGCAAAAGGCGAGGGCAAGCUGUUCAGCGUCAACUUGCUGGAUGACACCGGGGAGAUCAGGGCAACAGGCUUCAAUGACGUUUGUGAGAAGUUGUACCCCAUCUUUGAAGAGGGAACCGUGUACUACAUUUCCGCGCCGUGCCGGGUUACCUUGGCGAAGAAGCAAUUCUCUAACCUACCGAACGAUUAUGAGCUGCAAUUCGAGAGGGAUACCCUAGUCGAAAAGGCCGAAGAUCAGAGCAACAAGCCUCAGAUACGGUACAACUUCACCAAGAUUGGCGACCUCAACUCCGUAGAAAAGGAUACCACUAUCGACACUAUCGGUGUGCUCAAGGAAGUUGGCGAGGUGAAUAAGCUGACCUCGUCCAAAACCAACAAAGACUUCAUGAAACGGGACCUGACUAUCGCGGACGACAGUCAGACCUCAGUCAGGCUUACCAUCUGGGGGAAUCAAGCUGAGAGCUUCGACGCGCCUCUUGAGUCAAUCAUGGCAUUCAAAGGCGUCAAAGUUAGUGACUUUGGCGGUCGAAGCCUGAGUCUGCUCAGCUCGGGUUCCAUGACCAUUGACCCCGAUAUCGACGAGGCACACAAACUGCGAGGAUGGUUCAAUGCUGUCGGUCAGAACGCUACCUUCUCAACGCAUCAGAACCUUGCAUCUGCUUCUGGUGGCAACGCAAGGCAGGACAGCAAAGUAAUCUCAGACAUUGUCGCCGAAGAGAGCUACCUGCAAGACACGCCCACCUACCUCAGCUUGAAGGCAUCUGUCAUCUUCGUCAAGAACACUACCGUUGCAUAUCCCGCCUGCUCAAACACAGCGCAGAACUGCAACAAGAAGGUCAUCGAAGACAACCCUGGCGAGUGGUGGUGCGAGAAGUGCCAGAUGAGGUUCCCGGAGCCGCAGUGGAGGUACGUCUUGAGUGUCAACGUUGCCGACCACACCGGCACGCUCUGGCUGAGCUGCUUCGACGAGGCUGGCCAACUCAUUGUCGGAAUGCCAGCGAACAACUUAAUGAAGAUGAAGGAUGACGACGACGAUAACAACACGGCGAACUUCAUGAAUGCCAUGCAAGAUGCAACCUGCAAGACGUUCAAUUUCAGGAUCCGUGCAAAGAUGGAGAUGUAUAUGGAUCAGCCCAAACCGCGCUACCAGGUGUUGAGCAUCCACCCUCUCAACUACGCUCAAGAGGCCAACAGGCUGGCACAGCUAAUCAAGCAGUACGAUAUCAACGAUGACAGCUUGUUCGUUCAUUGAUGAGGGCGGAUGAAGCGCUGGUAGCCGAAGGGGGCCACAGAAUUGGACUCCUCCAACGUUCUCUGACGUUUGGGUCAUGUUGUUUCUCGGAAUCAUGGGCUAAGGAUCAGGGUAUGCAUGCUUUCAUAGGGUCGUUUACACCAGUGUACAUCGCGAAAGGCUCUUUCGAGGAGUCUGCAGAGCUCCGUUAUCUAAAGGGAUAGCUAAUGUUCAAGAGGGCUGUACUCAGCCAGCCUCCUGCUUACAUUCGGUGUUCCAUUGCCGUCGUGCGUUAGCUCCCUCCGUCGAUGACCCCGCCAUCGGUCGGCAGCUCUAACUGCCCCGCUAUAGCAUC